GUUCAAUAAAUAAAUAUUGUAAUUAAGAAUAUCUCCAAAUCCUUUAAAUUUAUCAAAUUGGAUAGGAUUUUCUAUUAAUUUAAAGUGAUAUAUGUUAGUAUGAGCGACGAAAAGGCUGAAAAUGUAUCUCAGAGUGAUUCUCAAGUAGAAAAUACUAAAGAGAAUGGUGAUAGUUCUAAAACUGAUAAAGUUAAAGUGGACAUACUUCUGAAAGCCACAGGAAAUGCCCCCAUUAUGAAAAAGAAAAAAUGGGCAGUAGAUGCAGAGAAACCAAUUGGUUGGAUUGUGGAAUUUGUAAGAAAGUAUUUAAAAUUAGAAGCUGAUGAAAAACUAUUCCUGUAUGUUAACCAAACAUUUGCACCAUCCCCAGACCAAAUAAUUAAAAAUCUAUAUGAUUGUUUUGGGACAGAUGGGAAAUUAGUGUUACACUACUGUAAAAGCCAAGCUUGGGGAUGAUGAUAUCAAAUUUGUUGAUUUUGGAACAAGGAAUUAACUAAGUAAUUUAUUCAAUUAAAAAUUAAAUUCUAUAAAACUGCA